AUGAAGACGACUAUAAAUUCUAAAAAGCCUAGCCUGAAUCUGAGCUUUGACUUGAAUAACAUAUCAAAUUAAAGCAGCAAAUAGAAUAAAAUUAAUCUGCAAUAACUGAAGCGAGCUACAGAAAACAUUAAUAAUGCUAGGAUUUCUAAUAAAGAUAAAUUUUUAAGAUAGACUUACUAGACUCAAAUCAAAGAGGAGGAUUCUACUACUGAUCAAGAUUAAAACUAGCCUACUGAUACUGAUAGACUCAGAUUUUUCUCACAAAAGAAAGAAUUGCUAUUGAAGAUGCAAAAAGAAGAAGAGAAUAGAAAUGCAUAAACUCUAAAAUAAAAUAAACUCAAGUCAAAAGUAAUUGGUAAAAAAAAUGAUAUUUAGUUGAUAGAAAUAAAAGAUAAGUCUGAACAACUAAUUUAAGAGCAGGUGCUGAAUGACUUUUCAGACAAUAUAACUGAAGCUCCUGGAUUAAUGAAUUAUUUGGAGCCUGUCAGUCAAAACAUUCUGAGAAUAAAAUCAAGCCAUAGAUUAAUUGCCUCAUUUGAUUAAUAGAUUAAAGAGCAUAGUUACAAAAACUAAGUAUCAACCUGGAAGAAUGAUUAUGUCCACUACCCCCCAGUCAAAAUAGUUAAGCAAUUUAUGGAAAUGGAGGAAAAAGUGUUGCUGCAGUUUCCAAAGAAACAGAUUUAGAGUCCAAGACCUCAAACUAAAGACAUUAAUCUCAUUUAUGAAGAUUUAAGAGAAAAAAGACUCAAGAUGUUCAAAGUGCUUGAUCAAAAAUACAAUAACGACUUUGGCAUAUUUAAAAAUCGAUAAUAGUCAAUCUAAGAUGAACUAAAUCAAUCAAUACUCAUGCAAGAAAGCUAACUAGGAUUAAAUAAGCCAUCCAUAAGUCGAGAUAUUACUCCUCAUGAAUUUAACGUUGGAUCAAGUUUCAAUAAAACACCUGAUUAUAGAAAUUCAUAGCAAGUUUUUGAGGAUGAUAAAUUUGAGAAAGCUAGUUUUGGUAAAUUUGUUUCAAUAAAAAAAAGCAGGGCUUCUAGCUUUGGAAUGAGAACAAUAGAUAAUAAUUCUAUUAUUAAAAAGGAGCAGAUAAUUAAUCAUGAAGAUUUCUCAGACAAUAAUGUUUUAGCAGAUCAAGAAAAUCUAAGCGCAACAGAUAAAAAUAUAAUGAAGGGCAGCCCAAGAAAGCAAAGAGCCCAAACAGCUAAUAGACAUUCUAGAAUAUAAAGGGGCAUUAGAAUCAAUAAAAUGAAGCAGGGACGAAACCUACAAAACUGUUUGCCUUCGUUAAUGACUAAGAUAACCGUAGAUGAAUCAAUAGUUGAUUCAACAUAAAAUACUACAAAUAAUCUCGGUACUAGAAAAUUUACCAACCUAAAAAUGGCUGAUUACUUUAAAAAUGAUGACCUUACUACAGCUCCUUCUUAAAAUUUCCAAAGCUUUCAUCACAAUUGA